AUGGCAAACUCGGUGUGCCCAGAGGCGCCCCACGUGGGAAACGGGGGGAGGGAGGCGCCCGGGGGCAGGGUCCUCUCUCGGGACCCUCCCGAGUGGGAGGACGUGGCUGGUCAUGGAGACGCCACUCCUGGGGGGACCCGCCACCCUGAGGUCAGUGCCCCCACAGCCUUACCUCACAGGAGGGAGUGGGGCUCCCAGGCUCACCUCCCGGGGUGCUGCCGUGAACAAAACUCCAUGCCCUGUGAAGUACGUAUAUCUACCCAUGUUUUCAAUACUAUACUACUUCUCCUGAGAAACUCAAAACGAGGGCUCAAACACGCUGCUAUUUUCUACUUCACCUUUGCCAGGGGCAGCUGCCGAGUUUGUGCUGCGUUUUGUUUACCCCCGACGUGCGUCCGGCUCUCUGGCCGACACGGGGCGCCCGGCCUCCCAAGUCCGCUCGGCCUUCACCUUGUCCGAGGCCAAAGAGGGAGCGAGGCUCCCUCUACACACGGCUCACCCGGAGAGGAUUCCUUUUCCUGUAACGUCCUCACAGGCCCGCCCUCACGGCCCCAAUGGAGACCAGACAGGCCUCCCCCCCCUGCACCCCCAGGCGGCCGUGGGCCCCCCUCACUGUCUGUGUGCCUUAGAGAUGGCUUUCCCACUGUACGACAGUCCUCCCUCCUAUGCAGGUUCGGCAGCGCCCGCUGUCCCCACACCGCCACCACCCGCACCCGCACCCCCUCCGACCGGGGCGGGGCCGGGCUUCCAGGAACUGAAUCUAGACUGUUACCCCUCGCCCGCACGCGUGACGGGGGCACAUGCCACUCCCCCCAUGGCGCCACCCCGGCUGGGCGGGACACUAGCGGGGUCGCCAGCACCUCCAUUUCUCACCUGCCAGACGCGCGGGUUUUGUACGACCCCAUCACCAUCACGCGAAAACUCGCCUCCCUUCCCGAGGAUCUUUUACUCCAAACACUGACAGAGCUCAGCGUGCACGGCACCUCCCUCAGGACCCCCCAUACGUCACCCGGCCCCCCAAACGCCAUCUCGAGGCCUCGCACGUCCACCGUAUUAGACUCUAAGUCAGGGUUUGUGAAUGUUUCACCAUCAUCCCCCCCCCCCCCAACCACCCGAGCAUCCAUCCGAUUUCCGCAGACGCGGGGAGCGGGGGCUCCGGCUGGAGCCUGGGGACGGGGACGGGACGGGACAGGACUGACGAACGAGCGCGCCCCUCUGUAGACUCCCUCGCUCCGCCCUGUUCACGCCGGCUUUUGUACGAGAUCCAUCUGUGUCCUUGCCUGUCUGUGGUCCCUGCACACGGAGCUGUACGCGGCUGGGUCAUGUGAACCGAUUGGCGGCACAAGCUGGACUUUGUUGCCACCCUCGCGAUGAAAGAUAAGUUAAUCCUCUUCCCUGGCGUGUCUUUUCUUCCGACAAUAAACACGAUAGUGAACUUUUUA